GUAAGGUUUAAUUGGUUGGGUGUGUCUCAUAUGGUAACUUUCAAAAUGGUGUUUUGAAAACACGAUUGAAAAAUAAACACAAUGUCAUGGUGUUUUUUUAAAAAACACAACAAAAAGAAACACUUCGGUUACCAAACGCUCCCUAAAAUGAAAGAAAGUGGAGAAAAUGGGAAAUACAACAAAAGGGUUUAAAACAGACUGGGCCUUUCGAAAGCCCAGCCCAGCCCAUAACCAAAUGCAGAUUUUAGCCCCGGAUCAAAAACCGAGAUAGAAAAAUCUAGAUCAAAACACCUAGGGUUUUUGUGUAUAAACUACAAAAAUACACCGCUCCCCAAAAAUCUCUCUCGUUCCUCUCUUCUCCAUUCGUCGAAGGCGAUCACAGAAGGAGCACAAUGGCAUUCGUCAAGGCCCAGAAGUCCAAGUCUUACUUUAAGCGAUUUCAAGUGAAAUACAAGAGGAGGAGAGUGAAUUCUCUCUUGUUUCAGAGCCUGGUGCGUAAAUAUCUCCUCUGCUUGACAAUACCACUUGGUUUAGGAGAAACAAGAGCAGGAUAGAACCAAAAGGAACAAGAAAAAAAUAAAUAGAAAAAGAAAGCCCUAGAAGAUUUAAUCGGAGAAUAGGCAAAAAUGCCACAAGUUCGUAUCGUCGCGAGAAACUUCAUGGACAUGGUGGCUGCUCUCCCUGCUGUUAAGCUUGACAAACUCUACGAGAGCUCCUUUAUCUGUGAAGCCGUCCUCAGGUCUCUCCCGCCUCUAGCGAAGAAGUAUGUUCUACAAAUGUUAUUUAUUGAUUCGCCAGUGACAGCCAAGUUUAUGGAAGAGUGGGUGCUAGCAGAUGGAUAUUCUAAGCACAAAGUGGCGAUUGAUAGGUUACUUCAACUGAGGGUUUUUAUUGAGGCCAAUGACAGGAAAAAAGAGAACAGUUACAAGAUGAACCCAAAAUUUCAGAGCAAUAUGCAGAAAUACUUGGUCCAUGGUGGAACUCUAUCUAGAGAGCCAAUGUCCUCCAAUAUCACAGGGAGAUUGCCAAGCUUAGAGGAUCUAGAGGCCUAUGCUCUUGAGCAAUGGGAGUGUUUCUUGUUGCAACUCAUAAGCUCAGCUCAAGUGGAGAGGGUAACGAAUUUCAGCUCCUCUAUGAUGCGAGUUUUUCAGCGAGGUCUUUUGAGUUCAAGGGAAAAUGAAGCUGUGAGGUUAACUGAGAAUGGCUUUCAGUUCCUGCUGAUGGAUACAAAUGCCCAAUUAUGGUACAUAGUAAGGGAAUAUAUCUCAUCUUCAGAGGAUCGUGGUGUGGACCCAACAGAACUAAUAUCAUUUCUGCUUGAGCUUAGUUUUCAUACCAUGGGCAAGGCAUAUAACUUGAGUACGUUGACUGAUGUGCAAAGAAAUGCUAUAAAAGAUCUUGCAAGCCUGGGACUAGUCAAACUUCAACAGGGAAGAAAAGAAAGCUGGUUUAUACCUACUAAGUUAGCUACCAAUCUGUCAGUUAGCUUGUCUGAUACAUCAGCACGCAAGCAGGGAUAUGUAGUGGUGGAAACGAAUUUCAGAAUGUAUGCUUACUCGACAUCGAAACUGCAUUGUGAAAUUUUGCGUUUGUUCUCAAGGAUAGAGUAUCAACUUCCAAACCUUAUUGUUGGAUCUAUAACAAAAGAAAGUUUAUACAAUGCUUUCGAAAAUGGAAUUACUUCCGAUCAGAUUAUUUCUUUCCUUCAGCAGAAUGCACAUCCUCGAGUUGCUGAGAAGACACCGGCAAUUCCAGAAAAUGUUACUGAUCAGAUUAGAUUGUGGGAAGGGGACCGAAACAGAGUUGACUUGAUUCCAUCUCAUCUGUACGAAGAUUUCCCAUCCAAGGAUGUAUUUGAAGCAGCUUGUGACUUUGCAAGGGAACUUGGUGGCUUGUUGUGGGAAGACUCAAAGAAGAUGAGAUUGAUUGUUGAUGGAGAUCUACACCAACAUAUGAGGGAUUUUCUCAGGCGACAGAAAUAACAACUAUAAAUGCCAUUCUUCACUGUGCCAACGAACUUUCCUCGUCGAAAUUAAGAGGACAGACCAAAUUUUUGUUGGUGAUCAUGAGCGCAAGCCUGCUAACGUAUUCGUUCGAUCAAUCUUCUGCAAUAAAGUUAGUGAAGCUUUUCGAAAGCUUCAGGUUUAAUAAUUCUGGAAUACUGUAUUCAUCCCAAUUCUAAAGAGGAAAAAAGGACACGAUUCAGGUGCUAGAAACCAAGAAAUACUUAUACUCUACUCAGGGGGUGUUUGUUUCAAAUCCUAUAAUUUUAGGAUAUGGAUUUCAACAUGGGAUUUGAAAUC